AAAACGAGUCGACAGCCCUGGUGCUAUCGAUGCUAUAAGUAAGUUGAAAACAAAACUAAUUUAGUAAAUUGGAGACUAAAAUCCAGGGAAACUUACCCCGAAACGUAACUCAAGACUCGGCGCAGACACGGUACCUAUGGGCAGUGGGAUUGUGGUGCAAUUGGCUCGAAAGUACGGCGCAGUGAUAUUCUUUCCCACUGUUGCAGUCGGCUCGAUAUACGCAGAUUGGUCGCACACCCGCGAGUGGAAACGCCAGCAGCUUCAGUUGGCCCAAAGCGCUCAGCUAAGAAAUCAGCGAUAGAGGCUCCACCCCCCCAUAUAUAGAGCGGAGACACCAUGGUUCUAGGACUGGACAAGCGAGCACUGUGGGGCGCACUGCCCCUGCUGGGAUUCGCCAUCGGGCACUUCCUGGA